UAUCCUUUAGCUCUCUUAGAUGGAGUUGUGAUGGCUAGCACUAAAAGAAUUAAGUCCUAGGUACAGAAAGCUGUUUACGAGUGCAAAAUGUUCUCGCUAGGCCGGGGCUCGAACCUGUAACCGGGGAAAGCCCAUCCAGUUCGCGCUUAAGCUCGUGUCGCAUGUGGAAUUGCCACCACCACUUUCUGUUAGGUAAUAUUAAAUAACAUAAGACUUUCUUUCCCAAAUCAAAGGCAACUUGGCUGAGUGGUUAUAGCGAUAGACUAGAACAUCCCAUUGUUGGAUAUCUGGGUAUCUAUUUCCUUCGGGAGCGUAGGUUCAAAUCCUGCAGUUGUCGAUUUGUUUUUGCAUUUUUGCCUUUAUCCCCUUUUUUAUUUCGUUACUCUUUUAUUCUCACCUUGGUCGUGUUUCUCAACAUUAGAUCCCUCCUCUUUGGCACAUGUUCAAAACACACCUUUUUUCACCCCGGGCUAAAGCUGAGGCACUUCCCCUGCACUACAGAGAACCUCCAGAAACUUAGAAUCUCGCUCCAGUAUUGCGGCCUACAAAAGGGUGUUAUUGGUAGCUUAGGGGAUAGUUGGCUAUCUUUACAUUCUGUCGUUCGGCCUUUCAUUUUUGUAGGUUCUUGCCAUUGUUACGGGUGGACGCACAAGCUCCAUAAUGUAGCGUGAUCAUUUCUAUACCCGUGCUCCGUCCCGCAAUCUUCCUGCAAACCACCCGACAUUAUGCAAACCGCUUGUAUAAGCCGAAGCACAUCCGUACACCCACUCCCAUCCCCUAUAUUGUCUCGUGGAUGCGGCAAUUGAAUCUUCCAUUUUCCACUUUACAUGUCGUGGACACCACUUGGACAUCUGCAGCACAAAGCGUAGUCUUCCACACAUAUGAUUGUCAACUCUCCCAAAACCAGUGCUGCGGAUCGAGACCUAUACCCGCUUUUCCCCUCCAUCGAACAUCACCAGCCACCACAGACACAGGCAUUUCCAGAGAUGGAUUAUUUCGCGAUGGAUUCCUCGCAAUUUUAUCUCGAUCCGGAUUUUGCUUUCGACCCCAGUUUGGUGGAAUUUCCACUUCCAGAUAUGGUGCAAACCCGGUCGUCUGAUUGUGGAGAGCCUAUUGAGACGGGAUUGGGUUCUGGACAGAAGAUGAAAUCCCGCAUCCGAGCCUCAAGAGCUUGUAUUGCGUGCCGGUCUCGACAUAUGAAAUGCGACUCCAUAGAGCCAGUGUGUACCCGUUGCCAACUGUACGGCAAACAAUGUAUUUACACCAAAUCCCGACGAGGCGGUUCCCACAAAGCACCUCCAGUACCAACAACUGAGCCUAGAUCCACCCCUCAAACACAUACCCCUGGAUCGGGACCAAGUUCAGCUCACCGAACCCCAAGUACGAACAACGAGAACGACACCGAGAACGACAACGUCACCAACCUCUCAUGGGGAACCCUCAGUAACCCUGUCACAUUCCCAGAAAUCUCACCAACCUUCUCCCCCCUCGAACCUCAUUCCAAGAAGCAAGAUGUAGAUCUCCUAGCGAGUUACUACGAGUUCUUCAACAGCGCUCACCCCGUCGUGCUGCCGAGACGUCAGUUUCAAGCACAUAUGCGCUCCAAUCCAUCUUCACUAGAAUAUCUCCUCCCAGUAAUGCACUACAUCGGGUCUGUCUACCAGCCCUCCAUCGCCUCGGAUCCGUACCUCGCAGUCGCCGAAUCUGCACUCUCAUCCACCACACUACCUAUCGACGGCUUCUCUGUGCAAGCACUAACGCUUCUUGCGCUGGCACGGCACUGCUCAGACGAGUACGAUAUUGCCGAGAAGUAUGUCGAUAGAGCAAUUGAUAUUGCUCUUGCAUUGGGGAUGAAUCGACAAGAGUGGGCGGAGGAGAAUAGUCAUGGGGAUGUGGUGUUGAUGGAGAGUUGGAGGAGGACGUGGUGGCUGUUGUUUACACUUGAUGGAUUGUUCUCCACCAUUAGCCAUUACUGCACGCAUCGAUUGCAGAAUAUCGAAAUGGAUGUCGACUUGCCGUGUGAAGAUGCUGAGUACGAGAGUGGUCGCAUUCCCCAACCACACACCUUCACCGAAUACGACUCCCGCGAGUUAAAUGACCAAGAAAUAACCUUCUCCUCACUAACAUACCUCCUCGACGCAAUCCGCAUGCUCAGCCACUCCAUGUCAAUAAUCCACGCUCCCCACGAGCCAGGGGACAACGCCCUCACAUCCACUGACGCCAAACUCGUGAACUGGGAUGAAACGAUGUUCUUCGCUCAUCUGGUGGUCAAUACCGAACUCCUCAUCCUCCACCGCCCCACCUCCCACCUCCCCUACAGCGCCUUCGAAACACGCUCAAAAUGCACCCCUCCCCACCCACACUCCAGCUCCCCCUCCCCCUCAAUCCAACGCUCCCUCGCAAUGCACACGGCCAAAGCGCUCGAGGCCCUCUCCACAACAAUCACCAUGUUCGCCCUGCCCGGUGAUCAUAUCAGGCACUCGCCUAUUGCGACGUGUGGGCUUGCCUUGGCGGUUAUGGCGCAGGCUAGUGCGUGUAGGUUGUUUGCUUCUGGUUCUGGUUCUGGUUCUGGUGGGACUGGGAUGGGUGAGAGGGGUUGUAUGAAGUCAGAUGGAGGAAGGGAGAGGUUAUACGGCGAGGGACGAGACCGCAUUCGACUUGGGCUGGGCGCGUUGAGGGCUGGUGUUGGGAUUUGGGGACUGGCGAGAAGGAGUGUAGGGGAGGUGGUGGGCGUGGCGAGGGAGUUGCUGGAGGGCGAUGUCGUCUCGAAUGGUCAUGGGAGUCGUGAGACGGAGAUGGCUUCGAACGGUAAAUCGAAGAAUGCUGUUGCUGUGAGGUGUGAAAGUAUUGAGUGUGGUGGGGAACAGCUGUUGAUGGGGAAUGCUGAGGAUGUGGGUUUUAGUGAGUGCAGAGGUAUGGCUGUCUAAGUAGAUACAGGAUGCGGUAUGUUAUUAUAUAGAUUUGUAGCCUCUCAAGAACCCCUAGCUUAUUAAAAUCCAGCCCAUCUCUUCUCAAGCUCGCUCGCUUUUCACUGCGCAGACAAAUCCAAUUGACAUGUCCCUAUACGGUAUUUAUAUACUAAUUUGCGAUUCACUGACACAUACGACCAUAGACUGGUGAGACCUGGGCAUCCCGUCCGCUCUGCCAUACAUAAGCACCAGAUCGGCAGAUUAGUAGUUGGGUGGGUGACCACCAGCGAAUACCUGCUGUUGUAUGUUUUUUGUUUUGAGUUUUCAAGUCUUUUGUGGGUUUUGUGGAUGAAGAUCCACACCUUGGCAGUCAUGGUUGAUAAGCGAGAGUGGUAAAGACGUCCGUCCGGGUCUGGGUGUUUCUGGAGUUUUGGAAUUGGGUUCCAUGAGAGCAUGCUUUUUUAAUAGGUCUGACAAUUGAAAAUUAUGCUAGGGCACAAGGAGAACUCUGCAAAUGACCUAGGUACUUAUCUUGUUGCUAAAAGCGAUACCGAGACCUUCGACUCCAA